CAACAAAAAUUUUGGUUUCUCGGAAGAAAUUUUUGUUUUUUCAUCAAAAUGAGUAGCAUUUAUAUCCAAGAACCGCCGACAAGUGGCAAAGUCUUGUUAAAGACGACUGUUGGUGACAUAGACGUCGAAUUAUGGUCUCGCGAAUGUCCAAAGGCAUGCCGGAACUUUAUUCAGCUCUGCAUGGAAGGAUAUUACAACAACACAAUUUUCCAUCGUCUUGUCAAGGGGUUCAUUGUGCAAGGAGGCGAUCCCGAUGGCGACGGGCAUGGAGGCGAAUCAAUCUACGGCGAGCCAUUCAAAGAUGAAUUCCACUCGAGAUUGCGUUACACGAGACGAGGUCUUGUCGGCAUGGCCAAUUCCGGCAAAAAUGACAAUGGAUCUCAAUUUUUCUUCACUUUCGCUGCCACGCCAGAACUGCAGAAUAUGAACACGUUAUUUGGCAAAGUUACGGGCGACACAAUUUUCAAUAUGCUCAAACUCGAAGAGGGAAUGGUCGAUCAGAACGAACGUCCGAUGUAUCCGCACAAAAUUCUCAAAACUGUAAUCUUGAAUAAUCCCUUUGACGAUAUUGUUCCGCGAAAAUUGAAGAAAAGUUCAAAGGAAGAAGGCGAAAGUUCCAAGAAGAAAAGUAAGAAGGGCGUGAAAAAUUAUGGACUUUUAUCGUUUGGCGAAGAAGCGGAGGAAGACGAAAUAGAAGCGACGGAAUUUGUACAAAAAGUUGGAAAUAAAGGCAAAUCCACGCACGACGUUUUGGAUGAUCCAAAGUUGAGUAAGGAGGAGGUCAAGAUAGAACGGAGAUCAAAAACUCCGGAGCCGGAUCUUGUGGCGAAGGAAAAAGAAGAAGCUGAAAUAAAGAAAAGACAAGAAAUGGUCCGUGAAAAAUUGUCCAAGAAAAAGGCAGAAAUCGCGAAGAAGGAAUCUGAUGGUGAUUCUGAUGAAGAUGUUCUCAGUUUGAUUGAUCGCGAAAAGAUGGAAGAGAAACAGAAGAAAGCUCAGGAGAUAAGAAAAGAAAUUGCCAAACUUAAAAAAGGAUACGCUUCGGAGAAAAAAGCUGCAAGUCAAAAAAUUGAAGAAGAGAAAAAAGAAAAGGAAAAACACAACAAAAUAAUUGACGAUUAUCUGAAGGAAAAAGCUGUUUAUGUGGAAAAGGUGAAAUUGCUGCCGAAGAAAGGAGCGAGUCGGGAAGAUCACACACUAGCCCUUCUGGCAAAAUUCAAAGCAAAACUAAACUCUGCCCGUGGUUCUGCCUUUAAUGACGAUGAUGAUGAUGAAAAAGACGAAGAAAAAGAAACAAAACCUUCGUCAAGCAACGUAAAUAUCGACGAAGAAAUUCAAUCGGACAACUGGCUGUCUCACAAAUUGCGUUUCGAAUCAGAAAUUCCCGUUUUAGCGAAAGAUGCUUCAACGAAAGGUGACGACUGGUAUGAUGUGUAUGACCCUCGAAAUCCAAUGAACAAACGAAAGAGACAUGAAGCCACUGGUGGAGACUCAAAAAGUAGCAAAAGUAGAAAAUCUGAUCGAUAAGUUGCAUUUUUUGAUUUAAAUUAAAUUAAAAUAAAUUGAUGUAAUUUUUACAAAAUUUAAUUUUUUUAAAAUAUGUUUUUAUAUUUCAUCCACUCCCUCUCAUUUUUCGUUGAAAAAUUUCAGGGGGAAAAUAAAAUUAUUGAAUAAAUUUAAUUUCUUAAUUUUUUAAUCCCAUGAGGAUUUUCAUGAGUGGGAGGGGGAAAUAAAAAAAAAUAUUUUUUAAUUUUUUGUUUGUAAUUUUUUAACAUUUUUGGAUAUUAUUAUAUUAUAUUAUAUUUUUUUAAAAUUUGAACUCAAAAUUAGAGGAAAUAAUUAAAAAAUUUUAAUUUAAUUUUUAUUUUUUCCUCUGAAUUUUUUCGACAAAAUCGGAGAGGGGCGACAAAAAAUUAUAUAUAAAAUUUAUUCGCCUAAGGGGAAAAAA